AGAGAAUACAGAUAACCAGAUUAACCGUAAAAUCCCAACGGCAACGCUCAUCACACUAAAUCCCCCAAAUCCAUGAGCUCGCUGCUACUGCCGCGCACAGCGCCGCCGUCGCUCUCCGCCGCGUCCCCAUUCCUUUCACCAAGGGUCUACAUCCCUCCUCAUGUAUACAGACACCCAGCCGCCAUCCUCCUAGAGCUCUGCACUUCCCUGAAAGAGCUCCACCAAUUCCUCCCUCUCAUCAUCAAAAACGGCCUCUACAACGAGCACUUCUUCCAAACCAAGCUCGUCAGCCUCUUCUCCAAAUUCGGGAGCAUGGCCGACGCCGCCAAAGUUUUCGAACCCAUCGAAUCCAAGGUCGACCCCCUCUACCACACCCUCCUCAAAGGCUACGCGCACCAAUCCAAUCUCGAUGGCGCCUUCAAGCUCUUCGCUCGGAUGAGGCACGACGCCGUCGAGCCUGUUGUCUAUAAUUACACCUCUCUGCUCAAAGCCUGCGCCGAUGAUUUCGAUUGCAGAAGGGGAAAGGAGAUUCACGCGCAGCUGGUGUUGAGCGGACUGUCCGCGAAUUUGUAUGCUAUGAGUAGUUUGAUGAACCUCUACGCCAAAUGCGGUGCGGUUCAGGAUGCGUAUAAGGUGUUUGAGAGAAUGCCGGUGAGGGAUUUGGUGUGCUGGAACACUGUGAUUGCUUGUUUUGCGCAGAAUGGGAUGCCGAGAAGGGCGUUGGAUUUAGUGGCUGGGAUGCAGGAGGAAAGGCAUAAGCUUGAUUUGGUCACUGUGGUUUCGGUUUUGCCAGCCGUUGCUGAUCUUGGGGAUUUGAGGAUUGGGAGGUCGAUUCACGCUUAUGUUUUUCGACAUGGGCUGGAUUCGUAUGUGAAUGUUGCUACUGCCUUGUUGCACAUGUAUGCCAAGUGUGGAGCGAUUGGGAUUGCUCGGACUAUCUUUGAUUCGAUGAGUUCGAGAACCGUUGUGUCGUGGAACUCCAUGAUCGAUGCUUAUGCUCAAAAUGGGGAUUCAGAGGAGGCAUUGCGUCUUUUCCAAAAGAUGCAAGAUGCAGGAUUGAAGCCUAGCAAUGUAACUGUUAUGGGAGCUCUGCACGCGUGUGCGGAUUUGGGGGAUAUCAAGCGCGGUCAGUCUGUCCACGAGCUGGCUAAGCAGUUAGGUCUCGAUUCUAAUGUCUCUGUUACGAAUUCUCUGAUUUCAAUGUAUUGCAAGUGCAGGAGAGCUGAUCAAGCUGCUGAAUUGUUCGGUAAACUUAGAGGGAAAACGCUGGUUUCUUGGAAUGCGAUGAUAUUAGGGUAUGCGCAGAAUGGCUUCACAAUGGAAGCCAUCAGCCUCUUUGGAGCAAUGCAGGAACAGAAUGUGAGGCGUGAUUCGUUCACAUUGGUGAGUGUCAUCACUGCUGUGGCCGAGCUGUCGUUGGUGAGGCAGGCGAAGUGGAUCCAUGGAGUGGUGAUAAGGGCAUGCUUGGACAAGGAUGUUUACGUGAUGACUGCUCUUGUUGACAUGUAUGCCAAGUGUGGCGCUAUUCACACUGCAAGAAAGGUGUUCGAUAUGUUGGGGGAGAGGCAUGUCACGACGUGGAACGCCAUGAUAGAUGGAUAUGGAACCCAUGGUUUCGGGAAGGAGGCUGUGCAGCUGUUUGAAGAGAUGUGCAGAGGGGACAUUCCCCCGAACGACAUAACAUUCUUGUGUGUGAUCUCAGCUUGCAGCCACUCAGGCCUUGUAGAAGAAGGCCGCCACUAUUUCACCAUCAUGAAGGAGAGGUACGGCAUAGAGCCGGCAAUGGAUCACUAUGGAGCCAUGGUGGACCUUCUUGGUCGAGCUGGCAAGCUCGACGAGGCUUGGGGGUUCAUCCAGACGAUGCCAGUUGAGCCAGGGAUCAAUGUCUAUGGAGCCAUGUUGGGAGCUUGCAAGAUCCACAAGAACGUCGAUUUGGGAGAAGAAGCUGCUGAUAAACUCUUCGAGCUGGAGCCUAGCGAUGGUGGAUAUCACGUUCUGCUCGCGAAUAUGUACGCGAUUGCAGCAAUGUGGGAGAAGGUGGCGAAGGUGAGAAGCUUGAUGCAGAAGAAAGGGAUCCAGAAAACUCCAGGGUGCAGCUCCGUGGAUCUGAGGAACGAGGUGCACGCGUUCUACUCAGGGAGCACGAGCCACCCUCAGUCGGAGAAGAUCUACACGUACCUGAGCAAGCUUUUCGAGAGGAUCAAGGCAGCGGGGUACACCCCCGACACCAGCUCGAUCCAUGAUGUGGAAGACGACGUGCAGGAGCAGUUUCUGAACACGCACAGCGAGAUGCUAGCCAUCUCAUUUGCGCUGAUGAAUACGAGGGGCACCACCAUCCACAUCCGGAAGAAUCUGAGGGUGUGUGGAGACUGCCACAAUGCGACCAUGUUUAUAUCUCUGGUCACAGAAAGAGAGAUCAUUGUGAGGGAUAUGCAUAGGUUUCACCAUUUCAAGAAUGGGACAUGCUCUUGUGGAGGAUACUGGUGAUGUCAAGAACAACCACCUUCAUCAUCCACAUCAGCUUUCAUCAGAGCCAACAUUUGAUGAUUGAGAUUUCCACAGCUGUUUUUUCAGGAAAUCUUUAUGAUCAACAACUGUUUGAAGCUGGGGAUUGUUUAGAUUGGCUGAUUUUUUUGUUUUCAAACACGGCAAGAGUUGAUUACUGUGUUGGUGGAAUACAAAUAGUGAGUAAAUAAUUUGGGAUUUGAUUUGGAUUAAUGAAUCCAAAUCAAAUGUAGGCUCAUUGAUAUACUCCUAGAAUUCAUUGAUUUGAUUUUUAUGACU